AACGGACGUCUACGCCAUAGCGACUCGUAUCUCUCACCUCGUAGCACGUAGCUCUACGUAAUCCGUAUUAACCUUAUUUGUAGACAAAUUGAAUUUAAAAACCACUCUGCUCCUUUGAAGUAUUGGGAAUUGACGUUUUUGUGUUCUCCUUUAAAAGUAAAGUUUGUUAAAAGUUCACUUACUCAACUCCAGUGUUAUUGAAUUUGUUUUGUUUAAAGCAGAGACUUCGAAAGUUUGUCUCGGACUAAGUUUUUGCUUGUUAAUUAUUUAUUUAACUAAAGAUAGUCUUAACGACGUAGUGUUUUGCGGCAAAUGGUCUGUAAUGCAGUCCGGAGGAUUUAAAAAUAUGCAGACGUCAACGGCUCUGAUCCUUCUCGUUCACUUAUCUCUCCACACGGUUGAUGAGGGCUAUGCCAUAAAUCCGAGCUGCUCAUGCAUCCGCUUCACAUCCACACACGGCAAGGAGCGCGGUACCUUCAGCAGUCCGGAUUACCCGCGCCCGUACCCCCGCGGCAUCUGUCUGCUGUACACCUUCCUUGCUGAACCGCACCAGAUCGUGGAACUUGUGUUCACGGACUUCGAUAUUUACAAGGAGCAUUUGGAUUGCACACGGGGUGACUAUCUCAAAGUCUACUACGAAGAUGGUGUCCACGGUCCAGGACCGCCCGGCAUCAACGAAUACUCCUCCUGGUCGAAGAUACUAUGUGGGAACAGGGCUGAUGCGCCUCCAGCACUGUACUCUCACGGGCCUGUGAUGGUGCUGGAGUUGAAAAGUGGCGAGAAGCCGUCCAACGCGUCUGGUUUUAUCGGGACAUACAGGUUUAUAGAUAGGCGUAACUUCGAAACUGACGGCGUGAAGGCCACUGACGCACAGUGUGACUACGUGUUCUCCUCACAGACGGACAGGCCCACUCAUGGUAGACUCUACAGCCCUCGAUACCCUUCAAGCUACCCUAACAAAGUACGGUGCAAUUAUCUUUUUAACGCAAGAAAACACGAAAGGAUCAAAUUAGUGUUUGAAGAAGCCUACUUGCAGAAGGGUGAUGAAAGUUGCCUUAACAGGCUGGAUAUAAUAAAGGUUUUCGAUGGACGAAUCUCCACGGCUCCUGUUAUUGCAAUGCUCUGCAAUGAAAUUGUAGGUUACGAAAUUCUUUCGACGGGACCAGACCUAUUGGUUCAAUUCACGGCGAAGUCUGAUACACCGGGACAAGGGUUCAAAGCAAGUUACCAAUUUAUAAUGGACGAUAACUCUAGCACAGAUCUCGAUAGUAGCAAAAAAUCCAGUGCAGGAGAUUCUUCAAUUGCUGUGGGACCAGCAGUCAGUGCUGCGACGUCUACCUGCGAUCAAGUAUUCAGGUCCGAUAAGAGCCGUAGUGGGAAAUUGAUCUCUCCGUUGUACCCGUCGCCUUACCCUCCCAAAACGCAAUGUCAUUACGACUUCCUGGCCCGAGGGAGGCAGCGGGUGAGAUUAGUGUUCGAGGACUUCAGCCUUCAGCGAGUCACGGGCAGCAUUAUCGACUGCGAGAGUAUGGACUCUCUGGACGUGUUUUUGUACGUCGACGGCCGCUUGGAGAAAAUGGGGUCGUAUUGUGGCAAUGACAUACCUAAGCCUAUAAUGUCGAACGGGCCAAAACUAUCGAUCGAGUUUAGGGGCAUAUACUCGUCGAGGUACAGCAGAGGGUUCAAAAUAUCCUAUUAUUUCGUUGAAGAUUAUGCUAUCGGAACUGGAAAGCAGCUACCAGAGUUUCCAUGUGCCUUCGUAUACAACAGUACAGAGCGUCGUAAGGGAGUGAUGGUGUCACCAAAUCACCCCGGCCUCUAUCCAAGGGACACCGAGUGCAAUUAUUUCUUUUACGCACGCAAGAAUGAACGGGUGCACGUGCAUUUCACCCAUUUUGACGUGGAGGGUGUUGUACCAUGCGAAGCUGUAUCAGCGAGUGACUACGUUCAAUUCUCAAGUAAGAUGAUUGAUAAACAAAGCAGGAGGUAUUGCGGCCAACUGCGUGAACUUCAGAUCGCUUCGGAAGGCAAUUUCCUGCGGGUCACGUUCCGGUCCAACGACAGACUAGAUGGCACUGGUUUCAGAGCGGAAUACAUAUUCCUGAAAGACAGUGAAAUGCAGAGGGCUCGGACCGAUUCAAGCGGUACUCCUACGCACCAACCGACAAGGUUCUGGCGAUUUAUUAGCUUAGCAUUAAUACUAACACUGUUGUAAAAACCCCUAUGAAUAAUUAGUUUUUAAGAGAAAAUAAAUGCUAUUG